UGGAGUUGAGAAAAACCCCUAAACUCGCCAAAAGCCUAAUCACCCACAUCUAAAACCCCUCUGCUCGCCCACCAAAUGGGUCGUCACAAUAACAGCAACGCUCAAAGCUCAAUGAACUCGAACCAAUACCAUGGCACCAAGACUCGCUUCCAGGACCCUGACGAGGAAGAUGGCGUGGAAAGUUCCAAUCUUGAGGGCUCUAUUGAAGUGGUUGAUAGAGUAACAGAGGAUGUCACCAUGGGCGGCGACCCUGAUGUGUCUUUCGUUGAUUGUGACGAUGGUGACGAUAAAACCAGUGCUGAUUACUACUUCGACUCUUACUCUCACUUCGGCAUUCAUGAAGAAAUGCUGAAGGAUGUGGUGAGAACCCAGACUUAUCAAAAUGUUAUUUAUAAGAAUAAGUUUCUAUUCCAGAAUAAAGUAGUUCUUGAUGUAGGAGCAGGGACAGGAAUUUUGUCCUUAUUUUGUGCAAAAGCAGGUGCAGCUCAUGUUUAUGCGGUUGAGUGCUCUCAAAUGGCAGACAUGGCUAAACAAAUUGUGGAAACAAAUGGAUUUUCUGAUGUUAUAACUGUUUUGAAAGGAAAGAUUGAAGAAAUUGAGCUUCCAGUGGAAAAAGUAGAUAUUAUCAUUUCAGAGUGGAUGGGAUAUUUUCUGUUGUUUGAGAACAUGUUGAAUACGGUCCUGUAUGCUCGUGAUAAAUGGCUUGUCAAUGAUGGAGUUGUCCUACCGGAUAAAGCUUCUCUCUAUCUGACAGCAAUAGAAGAUGCAGAGUACAAAGAUGACAAGAUUGAAUUUUGGAAUAAUGUUUAUGGGUUCGACAUGAAUUGCAUAAAGAAGCAAGCAAUGAUGGAACCUCUUGUUGACACAGUUGACCCGAAUCAAAUUGUCACAAAUUGCCACCUACUCAAGACAAUGGAUAUCUCUAAGAUGACUGCUGGGGAUGCUUCCUUCACAGCUCCUUUUAAGCUUGUGGCAAAUCGCGAUGAUUAUAUCCAUGCCCUUGUUGCAUACUUUGAUGUAUCAUUUACCAAGUGUCACAAAUUGAUGGGCUUCUCUACAGGGCCAAAAUCACGGGCCACACACUGGAAGCAAACAGUCCUCUACCUAGACGAUGUGCUAACCAUAUGUGAGGGGGAGGCAAUAACUGGUAGCAUGACUGUUGCACCGAACAAGAAGAAUCCCCGAGAUGUCGAUAUAAUGAUCAAAUAUUCAUUGAAUGGUCUGCGUUGCGUGAUUUCAAAAGUUCAACACUAUAAGAUGCGAUGAUUUUUGUCACCAAAUUCUUAGCCGCUUCCCAUGCUUGUCUGAAUUCCAGUAGUUUAUGGGAAAGCACAAGGCAGGUUGGUUUUUUCAUGUAAAAUGUAUCAUGAGUUACUUUCAAAUUAUUCUUUCAUUCUACCCCAGAUGAUUAACAUGUAUUAAAAAUUUGGAAUAUUUUUUAUAUUUGAUAUAUUUCACCUCCUUUUUUCUCUUUCAAUUUUCCUAGAAAGAAUAAUGUUGAUGCUAUUGU